CUGGGUGGGGGAAUAACCGAGUUGAGGGGGAAGCGGAGAGGGUGAUGCUUGAUGCGACGUGCGUUGGAGUGAGGCUGGCUAUAGGGAUGAAGAUGAAGAAGGAGGAGGGAGGUGCAGACGCUGUUUUAAGGAAUGACUGAAGACUUAACAGACAAUGGACCAAAUGUACCCUGAUGGCAUUUUGUGUGUGGAGGCAUGUUGCUUGCUAUGGCAUCUGAGACUGAAAAGGCCCAUGCUCUUCUCCAGUCAUUCAGCACAGCUUCUGUCAUUUCAAGCCUAGGAUUGGGGUUUUUUUGCUUUGUAGCAGACAAACUUCUACAGUUUUCUUUCAUUCAGCAAAAUGACUGGCUGCGAGCACUCACUGAUAAUACUGUGCAUGGAGUUGUAGGAUUGUGGUCUUGGGCAAUAGUGAUAGGACUCAAGAAGAAAAGUGACUUUCCAGAAGUCAUUUUAGCUGGCCUCCUCUCAUCUGUCAUUGAUGUGGAUCACUUUGUUCUCGCUGGAUCUCUUUCAUUACAGGCUGCCCUGACUCUUUCACGAAGACCAUUCCUUCACUGUUCUACUGUGAUCCCUCUUGUGUGUCUGACAUUAAAGAUUAUUAUGCACCUUUUCAAGCUGAAGGAUUCCUGGUGCUUUCUUCCCUGGAUGCUGUUUAUCUCCUGGACUUCGCAUCAUAUUCGAGAUGGAAUUCGUCACGGCCUGUGGAUCUGCCCGUUUGGAAAGACUGCCCCCUUGCCUUACUGGCUUUAUGUGGCAAUCACGGCAUCGUUACCUCAUCUCUGUUCUUUUAUUAUGUAUUUAACAGGAACAAGCGAACUGAUGGCGAUUAAACAUGGUAUGCAUAUUGAUGUCUAACAUUAGUCUAGAACAGUUGUGUUUGCAUCACUGAAAUAAUUCCCUCGUGAUUUCUGAGUUAGGUCUGACCUGAAGUUUCAGAGCCUAUUAUAGCUGCUUUAUUGAUUCUCCGAAGCCUCUGCUGCACAAGGUAAUGUAACUGAUUAAAUGUCCAAGUAAUCUGUGCAUUAGCAUCUCCUUCUGUACAUUUUCCUUCUUUUUAAUUCCAAGAUUAAGUAUUUUGUAACAUAUCAAUAAUAGCUGCUGUCCCUUCCUGUGCCAGUCCCUGGUGGCUGAAUCAACCCCUAGCUCUUGAAUUCUGGUUUCAGGAAGCAGGCAAAAUACAUCCCUCCCUUCCCAGAAUCUGCAUUUUAUGGCCAAAAAGGGCUAAUAAACUUGGGGACAGACAUAGCUGUUAUAUGGCUGUUGGGGCAGGGGGAUUUCUCCCAGGCAGCAGAGGAAACGGGUGCAUAUCCUUCACCCCAGUGCACAUUUAGCUUGAAAAAGUUAAUAAUGGAUCAAAUGGGAAGCAGAAGAGGUCAUUUUUCUCUGUGCAGACACUGCUGGAUAUUUUCUUAGUGACUCCUUAAAGUUCCCUUGCUUCUGUCUUCUCUGCUAUAGGGCCUUUAUGCUAGUCAUUUUCUGCUAUUAGUAUUUCUGUUUUCUGAGCCUUAUUUAAUUGUAAUUGUCUUAAGUACAUUACUUCGAAGAUUGGAAGCUCGUAUAAAGAGCAUUACAUAUUGUUUAGAAAACUCUAGCAGCAGUGGUUUUGUACUUUAGAUUAGUGGUCAGCAGCUGGAAGUCUUAGAGCCAAGGAUGGCUCAUUGAGGAGCAUUGCUUGUCUAGAGGCAAAAAAGGUGAGGAAAAAAUUGUGUGUCUGGCAACAGAGCACAGUAACAGACCCAAGUAUUCUGUUUGUCACUUAGAGAUUUUACAUUCAUAUAAAGCAAUCCUAACUACAUGAAGCUGAUGUAACUUAGGCUCGCCUAAGUUACCCCUAUUCCAAACUGUUCAGGAGCCUCUCGAAAGGCUACUGCCAGCCGAACUAGCGGAUGACUGUGGGCCCAAGUUUUGAGGAUUGGGCCUUGGGUCACAUGACUGGGCUGAACAGGGUUAGGAAUAUGUGUAAGUCUCUUCCUGCCCUGUUCCUCACCCACCACUCUCCUGGGAUGCCCCUUUUUGGGAUUUAUAAGUUACCCCAGUUUAAGUUCUGCUGGCUGAGCCAGGGUAAGGGACUUGUACCAGCAUAGCCCCAGCUCAGCCAGGAGCACUCAAGAUCCUAUAACUCCAAAUUCCCAGUGGAUCUUGGGUUUAGAUGCAUUGGUAGUAUUUAAAAUAUUUGAAAGAUUAGGGAUUUCAUUUUGAACAAUGUGAAAGGGAUUAAACAAAAAUGCUUUUAUCAGAACUUUAUUUGUGGUAUAAUAACAGUUUUAAGGAAUUUCACUGGAAUUAUAACAAAAUUAAAUCAGUGCUGGAAAGGUAUCUGCAGUUUGAAAGGUUUUCCAUUUACUGUACAAGUUCUUAUUUAUUUGAGUACCUUUCCGUGAAUAUUAAUAAUAAUUCUGACUCACAGAAGAAUACAGAACUGUAUAAUUUUAUGUUGUUGCAGUUCAUCAAGCACUGUUGAUGAAUGGCUUCCCGCAUUUUUUAAAUCUAUAAUACGAAACAGCUGCUUUUAAAAUACAGUGAUUAAAUUCAAGAAGAUGGAAUUAAUGGGGGGGAUGUUUUUCCCACCUUCAGCAGUUUUCCAGAAGAGCACUCUUAAGUUAAAACCACUGUAAACAUAUAGUUUCCUGUUAUUUAAAAAAGCUUUCUAAUAGCUGUCAGUUCUUCUUGCAAACCUUAGCUGUUGAUGCUUUUACAGAGCAACUUCUGUAUAGGUGGACACCUAGAAUAAUAAGUAGUUAAGACAAAAGUAAUGAGAAACCUUUGCACAUUUUGUGCGCCUUUCUUGUGGUCAUGUGUGAGCUAACUUCCCCACAGCUCAAAACAUGGUGCAUGUUUGCUUAUCACGUUAGAGAAGCCACAGUUGCCAUAUUCUCAAGUGGAAAGAUUUAAAAACACAGAACCUGCUUGGGACGAGAUACACAGGAGCCAUAGUUCUCAUACUGGGGCAGAUUACGAGCAUGGUCUAGACAAAAAGGAAAUUGCUUUUGUGUGUAUAUACAUUACAUAGCAGAAUGUACACUUGACAGUGAGCUCCACUAAAUUUUGGUGCACUCUUGAAUAUACCUCUAUAAAGCUUGUGUUUCCAUACGUAUCUUUCAUUUGCACAUUCCGUUUUUGGUGUAAUGCUUAAAAAAUCCUAGCUGUAUACAUUUUUAGGUAUUAACCUAAAAAGUCUAAUGCAUGAGUUGGCCCUCAACCAGAAGUGUCAGCAGGACCAUUGUGUCAAUCAGACAGGUUGUGGGAAACUUCUUGAGUUCCUGAAUCUCCCAGCAAAUUCCUUUAUGCCUUAAUGUGAAUUGCAUGCCAUAGAAAUCUUGCAUGUGACUUUUUUAAGUUAGUGUUACCCUGAGAGAAACAAAGUGCUAUGAAAACUGUUCAUCUAUAUUUUAUAUCAUUGCCAUGCAUUUUGAAGAGUUAAACCAUAAACUCUUCCAGACUUGUUUUAUAUGUGUUGUUUUAAACCAUAGGGUACCAAAUGUUACCAGUUAAAACCCUGUACUGCACAAUAAUUUUUAAUUAGGAUACAGGAUAAGUUUAACUUUAGCUGCAUUCCUGAAAGUCAAUAUUUCUGAAAUCCUUUUAUUUGCUGUCUUUUAAAAAAUGAAUGACAGCACCUCUUUACUAUGUUAACUUGUACUAUAAGAGCAUUACAUUUUGUUUCACUAUAUAUUCGUUCAUUGUAAAUUAAGGGAUUUUAAGCAUCCUGAUUAGGGCUGCAUCCUAUAUGUAAUUACCUGGAGAGAGACUCAUUGAACUCAGUGGGACUUACUACCAUAGGAUUGCUCUGAAGUAGCCCCUCAUCCCAGUGUUUCAUAGUCCUUAUCCAAAAUAAGAAAAUACUCUUAGCUUCUCUUCUUCCCCCCCCCCCCCAAGGAAAAGCUCAGUAAUAUUUGUGGGCUAACCCGUGGCUCUCCAAAUGCUAGCUGGGACUGAUGGAAGUUGGAGUCUGACAACAUCUGAAGGGCCACAAGUUAGCCACCGCUGAUUUAUUCCUUGUGUCUAGGAUUUGCUGCCAUUUAUACUUUCUAUAAAAAAAAAUUAUACCACUUUGUUUAUAUGUUAGAGGUUUUUAUUAAGCUAUCAAAAUACAACAGUAUUCAAUAAAAUUUCGUAAAACCUAGAUAAAAACAAAAUGCAACUGUAUAGAAUCCAGGAAGCUUGGGUAAACACCUCUUUUUAAGAGGCGUUACUGUCUCUCCCUCACAAAUUACCCAAGAGAAUGCAUUCUUAGGGUGAAUGUUACCACCAAGUGACAAUCAGCUGGUCAUGGAAUAGCCAGUAGGGUCUUCUCAGAAGAGCUAAAAGAUCAGCGGGGAAAGGUGGGAGUAGGGAGGCAGUUUGCUAGGUAUCCUAGUCCCAAAUUUUGUUAGGGUUUUAAAAAUCAACAAUAAAACCUAGAACUUGGUUUGGUAGCUAGUUAAUAGUCCUUGGUGAUAUGAGCUUCUCUUCUGAUUCACUGUAAAUUGUCUUAUACAUGCUGCAUACAAAUGUAUUAGCAACAGGCCAAAUUAUCUAUCUGUAUCCGCAGACAGGAAUUCUUGAGACUUUGUGGAGAUUCUUUGUUCAUUUGGGAUUUCUUCUUUUCUUUUUUUAGCUCCAUAUAUAAGUUAUUAUAACAGGAGACUGAUAGUUCCAAUUAACUUUCAUCCUAAAAAUUCAUUAGUUCUUGUAAAUUCUUGAAGAAAGGUCCACGGUAUAGAAAUAUAGCAAAUACUCUGUAAUCCAUUAUUAUAGAUGUCAUACUGGGAUAUUCCUGAGAGAAAUUCUAACAUGGUAAGAAUAGGAAUAGGAUGCAAAAUGACUUCUUAGAACUGUAGAGUGUACCAGACUAUUUGACUAUAAAGUAUACUAGGGCUCUUAGGACCAUAGAGUAUACCAGACUGCUUGACCAUAGAGUGUAUUCUCUAGGACAGCUUUUCCCAACCUUGGGUCCCCAGAUGUUGCUGGACUACAGUUCCCACGAUUCCUGACCAUUGGCCAUGCUAGCUGGGGCUGAUGGGAGUUGUAGUCCAGCAACAACUGGGAACCCAAAGGUUGGGAAAGGCUGCUCUAGGAUUCUCAGGGCCAUAGGGUAUACCAAGCUAUCUGUCUCAGGCAGAGGUCUUUCCCAUCACCUGCAAGCUAAUCCUUUUAACUAGAGAUGACAGAGCUUCAAUCUGGGAUCUUCUGUUUGUGAAGCAUGUACUGUACCAUGGAGUGAUGGUUCUUUCUUGGUCCCUCCUUCAAGGCCAGAGCGACUGCAUUGCUGUGAAAAAAGAAGACCUAUAAAGAGAUUUUAUAAGUA